GUUGCCUCGUCGCAGCUACAGCGCCGUGCGGUAAGCAGAGGCUGCCUGCUCUCCAUCCGACUGGCCAAAUAUAAAGAGCAAACAAGAAGGAGAAGCAAGAGGAAGGGAACUGAAGUCUCAUCUCUCCUCUUUGGUGUCUGGCCACUUCUGCUGAGAGGAAGAGGAGGAGGUGGAGGAGGAGAAGGAGGAAGAUCCGUUUUCACACCGUCCUGACUCAGUUUGUCACAUCAAGCAGAAGGAGCGGCAGAGGAUGCAAGGGAAAGCAGAUGAGGUGAAAAGUUGUCUCUCCCUCACUCAGCUGUCCAUGCAUCGCACACAGCUGAGCAAACUUUUUUAAAACCAAGAGGAGGAGGAGGUGGACUUUUUAAGCGUGAGGAGGAAAGGGAGUGAAAGCAUCCCUCAGCACGUGUUUUGGUCAGUAAGAAAGCAGGGCCGUCCUUCUACAGGAAGCUACCCAUGUGGCAGGAGGCUCUGUGGACCCACGGACGCUACUUGCUGGAGAAGAACGAUGGCGGCGAGGGUGCCGAGGGGCCCGAGGGCCUGGGAGACGGGUGCCCGGGUUUCCAGGGCGAGGUGUGCGUGGAGGGCGAGAAGCCCCAGGACUGGCUCUAUGAGUCCUACUACAGAAUGAGCCAGCAACAUCCGCUGAUCGUGUUCCUGCUGCUGAUCGUCAUGGGAACCUGCCUCGCGUUGCUGGCGGUGUUCUUCGCUUCAGGACUGAAUACAGAGGACCACUUGACGUUCUUGAUCACGGUUCCCGCUGCUCUCUUCCUAUUCCUGUCCAUCUUCAUCCUUGUCUGCAUUGAGUCGGUCUUCAAGCGGAUGCUCCGCCUCUUCUCUCUCCUUAUUUGGGCCUGUCUGGUCACCAUGGGUUACCUGUUCAUGUUCUCAGGAGGGAUCCUUAGCCCCUGGGACCAGGACAACCCGUGUCUGCCACCAUCUAGCUGCAUUACUCCGUUAUCUAGUAGUUUGAGCAGGAAGAAUAUUAAUUGUUUGCCACAGAGAGGUGUGCUUUGGGUCUGUCCUCUGCUUCUUCCUGUUCUAACUAUCCCUUCUCUUUCUUUGCAUCCUCAGCAGGGAAGGAAGGGGUCCUUCUGCUCUUUGACCUGGUUCCCAACUUCCUCCCACAUCAUUGUCACCAAUAAUCCCUGGCUGCGAUUGGUCCUCACCAUGACGACCACUGCUCUCAUAUUGGUGAUGGCCGUCUUCAAUAUGUUCUUUGUGGAGGAUCCGGGAGGAUCCGGGGAAGACGAACUGACAACUACUCCACCUGAAGUCCUGAUAACUACUCCACCUGUGAAUCUAACUAAUGCCAGCCUGUUGGACUACACGGAAGAAAACACAGGAGAAAACAAGUUUUAUCUGCCAUACUUCAUCUACUGCUGUAUACUGGGCCUGGUGUCGUGCUCGGUGUUCCUGAGGAUCAACUAUGAGCUGAAGAUGGUGGUGAUGCUGGUUGCCGUGGUGAUCUACAACAUCAUCAUCCUCCAGACACAUGCCUCCCUGCUGGAUGGAUUUAGCGAAGCGCUGUACCCCACAGUUACGCUGGAAAGGCCAGGAGUUCUGAAGGAUCUAAAGACGAUGGGCUCUGUGUCUCUUUUCAUCUUCUUCAUCACCCUACUGGUAUUAGCCAGGCAGAAUGAAUAUUACUGUAGGUUGGACUUCCUGUGGAGGGACAAGUUCAAGAGGGAGUGCGAGGAGAUCGAAACCAUGGAGAACCUCAAUCGGGUUCUGCUGGAGAACGUCUUACCUGCUCACGUCGCCGAGCACUUCCUGGGACGCAACUGGAAAAACGAGGACCUUUAUCAUCAGUCAUACGAGUCCGUGUGUGUGAUGUUCGCCUCCAUCCCAGACUUCAAAGAGUUUUAUACUGAGUCUGAUGUCAAUAAGGAAGGACUGGAGUGCCUCCGUCUUCUCAACGAGAUCAUAGCAGACUUUGAUGAGCUGCUUUCCAAACCUAAGUUCAGCGGAGUGGAGAAGAUAAAGACCAUCGGUAGCACCUACAUGGCUGCAACUGGACUCAAUGUGACACCAGGACCAGAGUGCGCACAGGAACAUGACCGACAGUACAUGCACAUUGGCACCAUGGUGGAGUUUGCCUUUGCUCUUGUAGGGAAGCUAGAUGUCAUCAACAAACACUCCUUCAAUGACUUCCGACUCCGAAUUGGGAUAAACCAUGGGCCAGUGAUUGCAGGGGUCAUUGGAGCCCAGAAACCUCAGUAUGACAUCUGGGGAAACAGUGUGAAUGUGGCCAGUAGGAUGGAGACCACGGGGGUACUGGGAAAAAUACAGGUAACAGAGGAGACAAGUCAUAUCUUGUCAACACUAGGGUACAUGUGUUCAUGUCGAGGCAUUAUCAACGUGAAGGGCAAAGGAGAGCUGAAGACCUACUUUGUUCACACAGAGAUGACGCGAUCUCUGUCACAAGGGACUGUGAUGCCUUGAGCGAGCCACACUAACCGAACAAGCAAGACUUGAGAACACAGUCACACACACACGCAGUGGCCGUAGAGGUGAUCCGUCAUGCUCCGUAACUAUCCCCAUUACCAGAAGCCAGCAGUACAAUGGAUAGACAACUGUUGAGAACCAGUUUUGUCCUUAGCAACACAAUGUGGAGCAGGGCCGGGGUGCACCGCCACAGUCCUUCAACGCUGCAUUUUGGACAGAUUUUACAUCGCGAGUGUAACAAGGACUUCGCUCUGAGGAGUCACUUCACUGUCUAAAGGAGUGCCUGACUAAAGAGGGGUUUGCUAUAUAAGUGCAGCUCUCGAGGACCGCAGUCACCCAUCUGUACAAUAGUAGGGUUGUGGAGCUAAUUACCCAUGCCAGCAUUGCAGUGCUUCAGAGCCUUAUACUUGACUGAGCUCCAUUUUAUUCCAAAUGGAUGUUACAAUAGUUUAUUGUCAUAUAGAGCAGUUGAUGCCAACAAAUCACCAGUGUGAUGGGUAGUUUGCCAAAACCUGUGAACUGUAUUUAUAGCUUCUUGAGCUGCGUUUGUGUCCCACUGUAGAGUAGGUUGACUCAGGCACAGGAUUCAUGAGGAAAAUCUUUUUUAUAAGCCAUCUGGAUCCAAACCAACAGCAAUGUGUGUAAAUGCUCACUGCCAUCAUUUUGUUAUUCAUUAAACAUUUGUAUAUAAAUUGA